AUGACUGCACUCCCUAAUCUCCCAUUUAUCACAGAGGCGUCAACUGCUGCAAAAAGAAUUUUUGAGACGAUUGAUUGUAUCCCUCAAAUAGACUCUGAAAAUGCAGAAGGGAAAGUUUUAGCAAAUGUGAGAGGGCAAAUUGUGUUUAGACAAGUUCAUUUUAGUUAUCCAUCAAGAAAGGAUAUGUUUAUCCUCCAUGGUUUCAAUCUCCUCAUAGAAGCUGGUAAGACAGUGGGUCUUGCUGGUGCAAGUGGUUCAGGAAAAUCAACUAUUGUUUCAUUGCUAGAAAGGUUUUAUGAUCCCAUCUCAGGAGAUAUACUACUUGAUGGGCACAGAAUAAAUGAACUCCAUCUGAAAUGGUUAAGAUCUCAAAUAGGGCUGGUUAAUCAACAGCCAAUUCUCUUUGCUACAUCCAUAAAGGAAAAUAUAUUGUUUGGUAAGGAAGAUGCUACAAUGGAAUUGGUUAUAAGUGCAGCUAAGGCUGCAAAUGCACAUGAGUUCAUAAAAAAUUUACCAGAAGGAUAUGAAACUCAAGUGGGAGAGUCUGGUGUUCAGUUAUCAGGAGGGCAAAAGCAAAGGAUAGCAAUAGCACGGGCAUUGCUUAAAGAUCCAAGAAUCUUUUUGCUUGAUGAAGCUACUAGUGCAUUGGAUGCACAAUCUGAAGGCAUAGUACAGGUAGCCAUUGACAAGGCUUCGCUAGGAAAAACAACCAUUGUCAUUGCUCAUCGCCUCACCACAAUCCAUAAUGUCGAGAAGAUUGUCGUACUUCAAUCCGGGAGAGUUGUUGAAUCAGGGUCUCAUGACGAGCUGAUGCAAAUAAAUAAUGGGGAAGGUGGAAUUUACUCUGAAAUGGUAAAAGCGCAGAAAUCGGCAAUGACUAAGCCUCCUAAUAGUCCACGUCACCAUAUGGAGGAAAGAUACCAUAAGAGGACAACAUAUGCCCACAGUCCCAUGUCCCCUUUCAACUUAAGCAGGCAAAAUAGGACAGCUCUUGCCAUUCACUCUAAGGUUUCACCAACUCAUAACAGUCUCCCAUCGACCUAUAGCGAUUAUCACCAAAAUAAUGCUGACAAAUUAGAAUGUUCUUCUCCAAGUCAUUUGCGCUUAUUUCAAAUGAAUGCUCCAGAAUGGAAGAAAGCCUUGCUUGGGUGUGCAGGAGCUGUUGUCUUCGGUGCAAUCCAGCCAAUUCAUGCUUACUUCAUGGGCGCAAUGGUCUCACUAUACUUUUCUGAUGACAGCUCAAAACUAAAAUCCCAGACCAGAUUGUACUGCAUCAUCUAUUUAUGUCUAGGCAUUAUCAGUUUCUUCGCCAGUGUACUCCAGCAUUACAAUUUUGCAAUCAUGGGAGAAAGAUUAACUAAGAGGGUACGGGAAAAAUUUCUUGAGAAUGUUCUUACUUUUGAGGUAGGAUGGUUCGAUCAUAAUGAGAAUACAAGUGCUGCAGUUUGUGCAAUGUUGUCGACUGACGCCAAUAUAGUUCGAUCUCUUGUUGGAGAUCGAAUGUCAUUAAUGAUUUAA